UACAUCAGGAACACAUCUCGAAAUUAAAACCCAGCCAUACAGCUGCCGAGUCGUUUCAGAGACAGGCGGUAUCACCAACCUGAGCUGCAAGCACAGAGCUUGGAAUACAGCUUUUAAAGAAUAGCUAUUCAGGGAUCUUUAUCAUGGAGCAGGUUGCAAUAACUCCCUUUACUACACCGCUUUCUCAAGACAAGGCGUAGUUAGCUAGCAGCAUACUAUUGGUAAUAUCAAACAGCUUCAGCUUCAAUUUAGUUGGUUUACAAAAAAAAUAAAUAAAUAAAUUCUCCAUAGCGCUACAGUAUAUCACUGCCGCUGCAAGUUACAAGUUAUCAUUACAGAUACAAUACGUAUACUGGAAUAUGAACUGAACAGACAAACACUGCAGUGCGCGGAGUCCACAUUUAUCACAGACUUUCGUCUUAGAUUGUAACCGUUACACAGGUAUUUGAAGUUUGAACUCCCCGGGACAGUAUGGACUUCGCCAGAUUCAAGCCCAUGGACCCCACUCGCGUAUUGUUCUGUGUUUUAAAUAUUUUGGCUCGUAUUUUGGCAGAGCAAGAAGUGGAGAACCUGUCAGGUUUAUCAACCAGCCCCGACAAAGAUAUAUUUGUGGUUCGAGAGAAUGGGACAACGUGUCUAAUGGCAGAGUUUGCGGUCAGGAUAGUUGUACCGUUUGAUGUCUUAGCGCUCAAUGGUAUAGAUCUCAUCACAGAACAAGCCCAAAUUACACUUCCGCGUGUGGCUGAAAUACAAGGUAAAUGUGGUUCUAUAGAAGCAGAGCUACGUAUUUCAUGGAUUAAUGAUGCUUAUACAUUUCGUCUCUUCUUCAUCAAGGAGGCACAUAACGUAUCUAAGGGUCAAGAUAUUUUCUGGAAAAUCAAUAAAAUCCAAUUCGUUUAUGACACUAACGAACCUUCACAUUUCAUUAACGCCGUUAAUCCUGGAAAACACACUGCCAAUUCACACCAUCUGUCGGCCCUUGUGACCCCUGGUGGCAGGUCCUACGAGUGCAAGGCUCAGCAGACACUUUCCUUGAUUUCCAGUGACCACCACAAAGGUGUGACCAUCUCAAUGUCCGAGGUGAGGAUCCAGCCCUUUGACAUCAAGAGCGACUUUAUGUUCAGUGAAGCCUAUAAAUGUAUAACUGACCAGAGGGAACAGCUAGAAGAAAUGCUGCCACUAAUUUUGGGCAUCAUCUUGGCACUCAUCAUUGUAAUUACUCUUGCUGUGUAUCACAUCCAUCAGAAGAUGACUGCAAACCAAGUGCAGCUUCCUAGAGACAGAAGUCAGUAUAAGAACAUGUGAUGACUUUUACCACCUAUCAUCUGUUACAGUUUCUGAACGAUGAGUUUUAUCUUCAUAAAUACAUUAUAUUUAUUAAAGUUGUGUUUUACAGGUUUUCAAUGAGGAUGUUGCUGUGAGUUUUUCUUUUUCAUAUUGUUGAAAACCAUUAGUAAAUAUUAAUAGGUCAAACAUACUGGCUAGCUAUUAUUUAAUUAUUUAAUAGGUAGUAACAAACUGUAAAAUAAUCCAUUGUAAAUGCACGAAGCACAUUUUUAAUGCUGUACUUUGAAAGGGAGGCACAGAAAGUACAGGAGUACAGUGCUACUGUAUGAUUUUGUUUCCAAUGACUUACUGUACAUCAUCAAUCAACACAUUUGAAUGUAUAAAAUGUAAGAUGUGUAAAUAAGAUUAUCAAAGCUAUCAAACUGUAACAGAAAUAAUUGAUUAACAGUACAUAGCUGGGGUAGUGGAACAUAUUUCAUCAUAGUAGUAGUUUGAUCAUUUAUUGCAUUACAAAAGUAUUCAUGUCAUGAUUUGCAUUAUUUGCAACAUACACUUUAAUUAGAUGGCAUUGAAAUUAAAUGUGUAAAGUUAUAGUUAAAGAAAUAAAUUAUGCAACCAUAUGAUGUGUACUGUAUAUUUUAUGUUAAUGAAACACUUGUCUUUUCUGUGAAAAUGCUUUUGCGAGUAAUCAUUUAUAAAUAUCACAUCUGAAAAGGAAUACAGCAGUUUGCUUAAGGGUUCCCUUAUAUUUUAUGUGGAAUUGUGUUCAAUUUUAUGUAAGUUUUUAACUUCAGUUCCAGAAGAAGGACCCCCCCCCCCCCCCAGGCCACUCACAUUAUAUCACCUUUAAGUAAAUCGUAAAAAAAUAUCAGUGGACCUGUUAAUUAACCCCUCUUUUCAUUUUAUUGAUUCACAUCCGUCACUUGCCCCCACCUGUCCUAAUUAUCAUCUUUUUUUUCAAUUACCCAGUGAUUUACCUCAAGGGUUCUAUCACCUCGUUAAAAUGGCCAGGCAAUAGACCUUCAAGCCAAGUGCAUUUGAGGUCAAAUGUAUCAUCUUGUACACUACUCCAUAAC